AUGCCAAAUACGAAAUCCAAGCUUUCAUUAGCUAUACAACAAGCAGAUAAUUCUGUUUCAAAACAAGAUAAUCAGGACACACAGUACAACCAUGGCUACAACAACCCCCCCCAAUAUAAUCACCAUCAACAUCAACACCCUUCUUCCUCGCAAAAUAGCUCACAUAAUGACCGGCAAGAAUCUUGGAGUAACGAUGACACAUCCAAACAUCGGCAUCACUUGAGAACGAAAAGCGGUGGAUCUACGCAGAGCAGUGGUAACAAUAACAACACACACACUGGUACGGGUACCGGAUACAAUACAAACAAUGUUGAUAUAAAUUAUCAUCAUCAUCAUCAUCAUCAUCAUCAGCAGCAUCAUCAUCAAGCAAAUACUUUUGCCGAGAGUCAAAAUGGAAAUAGUUUUAAACCCAUUCCCAGCCCUUCUUUGCUUCCUAAUUUGAUUCAACAUAGUUCACCAUAUGUAUCGACAACUGCAUCUUCAGCCAAACAUUUUAAACCGGAGUUGUCACCAUUAAAGACGAGCUUUGAUGAGGAGAAACGUCACUCGAUUAUUGAAUCUCAAUUGGAACUGCAGUACAAUGACGGCGAUGUUGAUGAUGAGGAAUAUGGGGGUUCAUUUUGGGAUAAACCUCAGCAACAACAACUACAGGAAGAUGACGAUGAGUAUGAACUUGAAGUGAAAUCGUCAAAGAGUCGUUAUCUUUUGCAUCAUCAAUAUAACCAAGGAAAAGAACUUGAUCAGAAAAAGAAGAGAAAGAAGGACAGAUCGCAUAGCACAUUUGAGGAGACAAACAUAGAGAGUAAAUUAGAUAUAGGGCAACAAGAUAAGGCCCUGCAGCAGCAGCAACACAACAACGAUGACGAUCAUGAAAAUGACGACGACGAUGAUGAUGAAGAAGAUGACGUGCCAGUAAACCCCGCCGAAGAAGAGGAUUUAAAAGAUUAUGUACCCGGAGGAUACCAUCCGUGUUUUAUUGGAGAAGAAUACAAGAAUGGGAAAUAUACAUUAGUACGGAAACUAGGUUGGGGCCAUUUUUCUACUGUAUGGCUUGCCAGAGACAAUGAUAAGCAAUGCCAUGUGGCGGUAAAAGUUGUAAGAUCAGCCAAGCAUUAUACAGAAACCGCCAUUGAUGAAAUCAAAUUAUUGGAUAAAGUUACGACUUCCGAUAUUCAUCAUCCUGGACAUCAACAUGUGAUUCAAUUGUUGGACACUUUUACUCAUAAAGGAUCUAAUGGUGUUCACGUGGUCAUGGUAUUUGAAGUCCUAGGAGAAAACUUGUUGGGCUUGAUCCGUCGUUAUAAACACCGAGGUAUUCCCAUUGUGUUUGUUAAACAAAUUGCCAAACAAUUGUUAUCGGCAUUGGAUUUCCUUCAUCGAAUGUGUGGGGUUAUCCACACUGACUUAAAACCGGAAAAUGUCUUGAUUGAAAUUGGUGAUGUUGAGCAAAUUGUUCGAAUGGUUGAACAAGAAAAUAAGGAACGCAAAUUGCAACGAAAAUUGCUGAAAUCAUCAAAGAUAUCAACGGCAAAUAGUUCAUACGGUAACAUUAAGGAAACAGAACAAAAUAAUCAACGUAUCAACAGUAAUAGUAAAGCAACUUCGAUUGCAUCGCCAACAAACCAAAUUGUAUCACCAUCAUUGGGCCGGUCAGGAAGAAGAUCUCGCAGACAAACUUUAAUUACCGGAUCUCAACCAUUGCCUUCACCAUUGAGAGCAUUUAAUAAAUCAUUUACCAAUAUUUAUGGAUUUUCAACAACGACAAAUACACCUAUCAAGAGUUCGUCUAUAAAUAAUUCAACAACAACAGACUCACCUAUUCCCUUAUCAAGCACGGCUGAACAUCAUGAUGAAGACAAUGAUAUUGACCAUAGUACGUUGAACAAUUCAUUAAGUUCAAUGUCAAUCUCCAAUUCAAAUAGUUAUCAACCGGUCAAUGUAAACCCCAUGCAAAUUCCCAAUGAUUCAAAUUAUCGACUCGAUGACUCAUCAGCCAAUUUCGAUGAUGUGAUUAAUGAAGAUGAAUUGAUAUCGGUUAAAAUUGCCGAUUUGGGUAAUUCUUGUUGGACCAAUCACCACUUUACUGAUGAAAUUCAAACACGUCAAUAUCGAGCACCAGAAGUUCUCUUGGGAUAUCAUUGGGGGUGUUCAAGUGAUUUAUGGUCAUUUGCUGCACUUAUAUUUGAAUUACUCACGGGAGAUUAUCUAUUUGACCCAAGAGAUGGAAAAUCUUAUUCUAAAGAUGAUGACCACCUUGCCCAAAUCAUUGAAUUACUUGGUGACUUUCCCCGAAUGAUGAUUAAGGAAAGUUACUAUGGUCGCGAUUAUUUCAAUUCUCGAUUCGAAAUGAGACGUAUACUGAAGUUGAAACCAUGGGGAUUAAAAGAUGUGCUUGUUGAAAAAUAUAAAUUUUCCAUUAGUGAUUCAAUUGAAAUUGCUGAUUUCUUGUUGCCGAUGUUGGCUUUACAACCGGAAGAAAGAGCUGAUGCCGGUGGAAUGAUUAAUCAUCCGUGGUUGAGAGAUGCUUUGGCUUUGGAAAAUGUGGUUUUGGAAAGACCUGUGGGUGGCAGCGGGGAAGAUAUACCUGGAUGGUCGAAGGAGUUGCCGUCGAGUCAUGUAUCUUCAAAGGCUUCGUUGUCGAAUAUAAGACAAAAGUUCAACUAUCGUUAG